CCACAACACCCACAACAGAAGCACGCAGUGUGGACCGAUCCGAAACAGCUUCCGAAGUUAUUAGCUAGCUGGUUAACACUGUAGGUAGUUUGUGUUUGCUUAACAGCCUUCGUAGGUCAAGUUUAACUUUGGAUCAUAAACUCCCCUCCAAACCAUGCUGCAAUUUCUAGUGGGAUUCACGCUGGGUAACGUGGUUGGGAUGUACCUCGCCCAGAACUAUGAGGUUCCUAACAUCGCAAAGAAGAUAGAGGCCUUCAAAAAAGACGUGGAAGCUAAGAAAAAGCCCCCAGAGUGACGCCAGUGAAGGACGGAGAAACCUGUCAUGUUUACAGCUGGUCCACUAAUGACGACAUUUUUGCAAUAUAGAAGCACGUGUUUUAAAUACCUACAAGUGACUGUGCUCAAAAACUGAAGUUUGCGAUCAUAGUUACAUCAGAGUGCCUAUAAGUAGAGAUUUGAUGUUUUAUAUGUUUUUGUUACAAAAGUGUUAUCUGACAUCCAGGAUAUUUGUUCAUGCAUCAAUAAAUUGUUCAGUUCAAACAAGUAGAAGAUAUUCAUGACAUGGUGAUAUAAAAUUAGAAACAGUAACUUCACGAUAAGUUGUGAGCUACCUGCCUAGAUCUAGAUGAAACCGAGUUUGUGUACUUUGCUAUCAAAGGUAUAUUAAUAAGUCUCUGAAAAAAAAGAGAGGGCCUGUUUGGAAGGGAAACGCUAGCUCUAGAUAUAAAUAUAGUGAUCAUAAACGUGUAUACUACAAAAUUAAGCAGUCAAGUCUGCGAUAUACUGUAUUGCUUGCUGAAGGUGCUCAGUGUAUCAGGGCAGGAUGUAUGGUGUGCUUCCUUAGGUAAAGAUAAGAAUGUUGCUGUCAGUUUGACUGUUGGUCCCAUAGUAGUAGAUAACAAUUCUGCUUUGGGACUUGGCUAAUCAUCUUGAGGGAAAAUACUUCUAGUAUUGUGUAAAUGUACCAGGUAUGUGUGCCUAUAAGAACUGGAUUGAAGAAUGAAAACAUGCAGCAGUCAUAAAUAUGAAUAUCCUACUGUAGAAUAUCA